GAGUCACACGCUCACACGCAAAAUCUACAAUAAUAGCAUCACUCUCUUUCAAACUGCAAUCUCUCUCUCACACCUGAGCCAUAUUUAUUGUUCUUCAUCAGUACCUGUCGCUAGCUUGACCGGCUCCAGCUCGGCUAUGGGCGCACUGCGCCACCGCCACCACCACCGCUGUCGUGUUCUGCAAAUUCUCGCAGCCUUAACAUUUCUCUUCCUUGCUUCUGCCACAGCCAUCUCUCUCUCCUUUCUCGGUAGUGAAGGACCGGGUCUGCAGGGAACGGGAGAGAGACGUAAAGAAGGAUCGGGGGCAGUAUUUGAGCGGUUUGGACGGAGUCGGAGAGCUCUGGGUUUGGGGUCUUCGCCGCCCACAUGCAGAUCCAAGUGUGGGAUGUGCUUGCCGUGUAAACCCGUCCACGUGCCCAUUCAUCCUGGUCUGAGCACUCCGCUAGAGUACUACCCAGAAGCAUGGCGAUGCCAGUGCAGGAACAAGCUCUUUAUGCCUUAGAAGAAAGCAGCAGCAAAACCAGAGCUACAAACACAGUGCAGAUAAACAAGUAGAUAUCAAUUUUAGUAAUAAUUUUUAAGUUUUUAACUCAUGUCUUGGUCAUGGGCUGCCUGCAUUGGUGGUUCUUUUUUAGGUUUAUCUUAUUGUUGCCGUUAUUAUUACCGAGUUUUGCUUUCUGUAAGGGACAAAUGGGAUCGUUGGGAAUGUAAGAAUUUAGGUGUUAUCAUCGAGAGGGAGCUUCCCAUCUCUCUCUCUCUCUGUUAGUUUAA